UCUUCAUUCAAACGGGCAGCAAAAGGAAAACAGAGGCGCUGCGGACGCGUUAAAUCUUCCACUGAGGCAGGGGUUUCGUCAGUCGCGGGGCCGGAACCGCUGGAUUGACCAUGCUCGAGUGGAUCCUUUUCAUCUGCUUAUUACGAGGUACUGUAAGCCUGAGACUAGUAUCCUUAGAUGUUCCUGAGAAAGUUGCCCGAGGUCAAGGAAUUAAAUUAACUUGUGGUUAUGACCUGGAAGGUGAUGUCCUCUACUCCAUCAAAUGGUACAGAGAUGACGUGGAGUUCUUCAGAUACGUCCCGACCGACCGGCCUCCGGGACAAUUCUUCCCUUUACAAGGCAUUAAAGUUGAUAUUGGAAGAUCAAAUGAUGGUUCUGUAUAUAUACGAGACAUUAGUGACUUAACAGCUGGAAUUUAUAAAUGUGAAGUAUCGGCAGAUGCACCAUCCUUCCAAACAGUAUCUGCAGAAAAACCAAUGGCCGUACAAGAAUCUUCUGGACAUGUUCAGCUAGCUGCAGACCAUGGCAACAUUAAUUUCCUGUUACUGACCAUAUUGUUAAUACUGCAGUGGAGGUACCACAUGUGGUGACGCGCUGCUCCUUCUUGCAGAUUUUUUCUUCAAACAGUUGCAGUGUGCCUUGAGAUAUCGCAUCUUUUCCAUUACAUAAGUGAGCUUCACAAAGCUCCUCAGCUAUGGAAUGUUCCUUGUGCAACAUAGAUGGUCAAAGACACUAUAUAAAACAGAUUUAUACGCUCAACAAUCUAGUCAGUGAAGGGACAGCCCAAAGUUCGAAACAAAUUCAAGGUCAUCUGUAUGCAAGAUUCUGGACUGGCAUUUAAAAACUUUUUCGAUGCUUCAGGACAUUAAUCGGGAAAGUUGUUAUCAGUACUUAGAAAUCGAUUGUUUGUAUGUACUAUAAGAAAAGUUUUUAAUGCUUGUAAAUAAUUACGAUCAUUUAUUUGAAUUAUUAUAAGAAAAUAUCAGAAUGACUUAAAAAAAAGAUUUUGAGCCAAUAUUCAGUGUUACCGAAUUUCCCGAUUCAUCUCAUUCAACUACGAUUCACGUACCUCACAUCCUUCUCCUAUACUGGACGUGGUAGGUAGAAAAUUCUGAUCAAACAUCGGAUGAAACAGAUCAUAUUACAGAUAUAUAUCUGUUAUAUAUUACAGAUAUAUACCAGACGUAGUCAUAUUUCUUCAAAAAUAAAUUUGUUAAUCGCAUAGAUCACCAACUUUAUCAAGUUUAUCAUUAUUUAAUGUAAAGAAAAUUUAAGUGCCACUGAAAUAGGUAUACUCAUUAUAUAUCGUUUAAUUGAGACUAAUAUUCGUUACUACUGGUUAUUGUCAUUACUAGUAAUGUUUUUACUGGUUAUUGCCAUUACACCUUACCACUGUUUAUUAAAUCUAGUUAAAAACAAAAGUAAAAAUAAAAUAUACCGCCCUCAGCUCUCAAUUGACUGCCAAGAGAAUCAUGGAGGUUAAGGCUCCACAAAGUCCAGCAUUGCGCUAUGGCCGCCUUCACUUUACUCGACAAAUUGGACCCAUUCACAUAAAGAAGAGUAGUCUCAGGAUAUAGAACCCUUAUUCUUCUCAUAAGCAGCUGAGUGCCUUAACCACUAUCAAAUCGCGGCUCACUUAAUAUAUUUAAUGCAGAGUGCCC